AUGAAUACUGCUGUCGGAGAUAGUUUCGAUCUGGGUUGGAAACUCGCUGCUGUCAUCAAUGGUGGCGGCGGAAGCCAUCUACUACGGUCGUACGAGAUGGAGAGAAAGCCUAUAGCCAUUCAAAACAUUGAACGCUCUGGAGUACACUUCAAGGUCCAUCAGGGCUAUGUCGGAUGGGUCGCAGAAGCUGGCCCAGAGUUGAUCCUUUCACGAUCGACACAGGCGAAGGAGCUCAAAGAAAGAAUCCAUCGUCAUGUUCAAGAGCAUGCAGGCGAGAACCAAGACCACGGAAUUGAGAUGAGGGACCGAUACAGAAACUCACCCACCAUUUUGAGGCCAGGAGAUGCCAGCAAAGAGCCUCAAUGGAGCCAUCGCAACUAUAUCCCGUCGACGUGGCCUGGUGCACGUGCCCCGCAUCUUUUUCUUAGCGAUGGAAAAACCAGUAUCUUCGAUCGUUUUGGACAAGGCUUCACUUUAGUUGACUUCUCCCAGUAUGGUAAAUGGGCUGCCCGGUUUAUGAAGACUGCCAAGCAUAUCGGUAUUCAGUUGAAGCCUGUUCACCUUCCGCAAGAAACUGCCGCGCGAAAGAUUUGGGGCAGAGAUGCUGUGCUUAUUUGUCCUGAUGACUUUGUUUCUUGGAAAGCAUCGGAAGAAGGAUACGAGGAAGACAUUGAACACAUCCUGGGAGUCGCAGCUGGAUGUAAGGCCACAGAGGUUGACGCCAAAGUUCAUAUGAGUGAGGAUGUUAAAACUAGCGGCUUCACAUCUACUGUAGGAAACGUCCAAGAGGGUGGUAUAAAGCUCACUGCAGCAUUUCAAAAAUAG